UCAAAACAUGGCAGUUUGUACGGAUUUAUUGGCGUUUUGGUCACUGCUAGUGUGUCUUGAAUUUGUGCUAGCAACCAAUUUAUAUGCUGGAAGAAAACUUCGACUACCUAGGACUUUGAUAUAUCCCGAAACAGCACCGACUCGUCUACAAUUCAUUGGCGGUAUUGGUAUACCCGUUGAAGACUUAACUUAUGAAUCGGUCACCUCUGGCUACGUAUUAAAAGCUGAAUAUUUUAUGCCUACCAAGGCAGCAGAAAUGAGGCCACAAUAUCUGACGCCACAAAAUGUAAAUCGACGUAGCCUUGCAGAUAAUGUUGAAUACAAUUACACAAUUGCGCAUGCGUACAAUAUCAGUGAGAAUCAGCCAUCUAUUUUGGGUCCACACCACGAGAGUUCCGAUAUUAAUUUGCAGGGUAAACAGAAGACGGCAUCGGCUUAUCGUUGGGUCAUCUACAAAGGCAUGGAGACGCUGAUGAAUCGUGCUGGCCUUUCAGGACGUGAGUGUAUGCUGCGCAGCAUUUGUGAGCACGCGGCGGUGCCAUUUCACUAUGAAAGUGGGAUUUUAUCAGAGAUUCUGCAUAUUAUUUUGACGCCUUCGCGAUCGCAUGAUGAAUUGGUUCACCCAAACGACCGAGAUUAUGGCCGUGCCGAGCGCCUUGGCCGAGGUGGCGAAGACUGUGCAACGACCUACGCUGCAUGCGAGUACUCUCCUAUAGAACAAAUUUCAACCGUUUUAGAUCUAGAUGUUGAAUUUAAUACAUAAGUAAUAAAAAUUUGAAUUAACC